AACAGCUGACAGUGCGUGUGAAGCUGGAAGACCCCCAAGUGAUGCUGGACCCCCCCAGCCCCCCCAUAGAAACCAAUGGGGACGAGUGGGGGGAGGCCAAUGGCAGCUUGGACCCUGAGGAAGAAGAGGAAAGACUACAGGAAACAGCAGAUCCCAGCAGCACGGAGGACCCCAUUCUGCCAACCCAAGACCCCUCACGUCCCCCUAUCGCCCCCCAGUGUGACCCAAUAAACAGGACACUGACACAGACCGAGACCCACCACCACCCUAUAGGGACCCCAAAGGAUCCCACCACCUUCCCACCCCCCCAAAGCCCAACUGGACCCACAGAGAACCCACCAUCACACAGCAAGGACCGGCCCUACCCAUGCAAUGAAUGCGGGAAGACCUUUGGCCGCCUGACCCACUUGAAGACCCACCAGCGGACCCACACCGGGGUCAAACCCUAUUCCUGUAUGGAGUGCGGCAAAAGCUUCGGCCACCUCUCCACCCUCACCACCCACCAACGUUUGCACACAGGCGAACGACCCUAUAGAUGUGGGGCGUGUGGGAAGACCUUCACCAACCCAUCGGACCUCAACAAGCACCAGCGCUCACACACGGGAGAGAGGCCUUACCCUUGUAUGGCGUGUGGGAAGCGGUUCAGCCAGCAAUCCAACCUCACCAUGCACCAACGCAGCCACACCGAGGAGCGGCCGUACCCCUGUGGGGCCUGUGGGAAGAGCUUCAAGUAUCUGGCCGACCUGACGGUGCACGAGCGCUCGCACACGGGGGAGAGGCCGUUCCCUUGUGUUCAGUGUGGGAAGAGCUUCAGCAAUAAGUCCUCGCUCGCAAGGCACACGAGGAUCCACGCACGGGCGGCCGCGAGGGAUAAGUGAUGGGGUUGGUGGUGGGAUUAUGGGGGUCUGGGGGAGAAGAGGAGGGGGUGAGCGGCCAGGAAUCGCUGUUAGGGCUGUAGAAUGGAUGGGGGUGAAGAGAUGAUGGUUGGGAGCUUCUAAGGAUGGUUGGUGGCCUCCAAGAGCUUCCAAGGAUGGUUGGUGGCCUCCAAGAGCUUCCAAGGAUGGUUGGGGGCCUCCAAGACCUUCCAAAGAUGGUUGGGGGCCUCCAAGAGCUUCCAAGGAUGGUUGGUGGCCUCCAAGAACUUCUAAGGAUGGUUGGUGGCCUCCAAGACCUUCCAAGGAUGGUUGGGGGCCUCCAAGAGCUUCUAAGGAUGGUUGAAGGCCUCCAAGAGCUUCCAAAGAUGGUUGGGGGCCUCCAAGAGCUUCCAAGGAUGGUUGGGGACCUCCAAGAGCUUCUAAGGAUGGUUGGGGGCCUCCAGGACCUUCCAAGGAUGGUUGGGGGCCUCCAAGAGCUUCUAAGGAUGGUUAGAGGCCUCCAGGAGCUUCCAAGGAUGGUUGGGGGCCUCCAAGAGCUUCCAAAGAUGGUUAGGGGCCUCCAAGACCUUCCAAGGAUGGUUGGUGGCCACCAAGAGCUUCUAAGGAUGGUUGGAGGCCUCCAAGAGCUUCUAAGGAUGGUUGGUGGCCUCCAAGAGCUUCCAAAGAUGGUUGGGAGCCUCCAAGAGCUUCCAAGGAUGGUUGGGGGCCUCCAAG